AUGCCAAAACGAUGUAGAGUUGAUGAAGCUGUAGAUGAUAGCUCNGAUGAUGGCACCUUUGAAGCAAACCUUGAGGAGACAUUGAAGAAGAAUAAUGAAGAAAUUAUGGCGUCGUCUUCAAGGCUAGUUUUUUUGAAGAAUGAGGUAUGUAAAAUUCGUGACAUUCCAAUUGUGAAUGAAGAAGGUNUUGGAGGACUUCAUGAAGAGGCUUUAGGUGAACAAGGUUUUGGAGGAGAUGAUGAAGAAGGUUUAGGUGAAGAACCUUUAGUUGAAGGAGGUGUUGGGGGAAUUGGUGAAGAACCUUUAGUUGAGGAAGGUGUUGGAGUUGUUGAUGAAGAAGGUUUAGAUGAGGAAGGGGUUCGAGUUGUUGAUGAAGAACCUUGUGGUGGUGACGAAGGCGCUGGAGGAGUUCAUGAAGAACCUUUGGGUGAAGGUGUUGGAGGAGUUCAUGAAGAACCUUUAGGUGGAGCUUUUUAUGAAGAAACUGUGGCUGACCUUGAAGUAGAACUUCAAAAGGUUGUUGAAAUUGUUAAACUUGUUGAAAAUGAACAACGGCAUGCACCGCAACCAAUGGCAAUCGAACCUCUGCGUGCAGUUGCUGGUGAUCCAAGGCCUAGCGUCAAUGCUGAGAAACUGUACAUCGCCGUUAGCGUAAAGGAUAGACCACACAGGAUCGUCUGUGACAUAAUUGGGCAGUCAUUGAGCACAACAUCUAUUCAAACCUUAGGUCCUCGCGAACUGGUUGAUAACAUGUUGGUGCUAUUUGCAACUACUGUAUUUAUGCACUUUGAGAAAAGGAGGACGGGGGUUGUGAAGAGGAUCCUUUUUAGUUCGUUAUAUGCGAAGGACAAAAACCGUCGUGUGUUUAGUGCCCAUAAUUAUAGCAGUUGUUUGCGUGCGGGACACUUUAGCCUUGCAGACAUUCCAACAGCUGACUUUUUGUUUCUUCCUUUUUGCCAUAAUUAUCAUUGGUGGUGCUAUGUUGUAAAAAUUAGCACAUUGGAAUUAUAUAUUAUUGAUUCUAUGGCGAAGGGCAUAAGAGACCGCAGAAGGAUUGACAUUCAUGUGGCUGCAAACCUUGCCACAUUUUUUUGCAUGUUGUACAACAAACCGGAAGGGAGUAUUGCUCCUUUGACUUUUGUACAAACAAAAAUUCCUGCCCAGCCCAACCUACAUGACUGUGGAGUUAUAAUGUUACAAGCUAUGGAAGUUUGGGAUGGACAGGAUAAAUUCAAUGGCAGUAGCAUGCCACAAUACUCAAACGAGGAUCUGCGUGCAAUAAGAAAGCGAUACGCAACUGAAUGGAUCCUAGACGAGGAGAACAUAAGAUUAAUGGAUGCACUAGACGUCUUUGGAAUGUUGUAG